AGAACAUGAACAGUUUCAUUUCACUUACACGUAAACAAACAGCGACGGGAGUUUUGUCGUCCUUUAGCGGUCCAGAAUUCACUUUAAUAGCUGUCAAUUACAACCAGCCUCAAAGUAAUUCGGACGGAGUGGGUGAUUGCUGAACUUGGUCGAAAGCACUGAUCUUCAAGACCGUAUCCUCUUCAACCGUGGCUCGACCAUUACGACGAUGGACAGUGACUGGCAGAACAGAAUAGAACAGAACUCAAGGAAUGAUGCCUGGGUGUGGGCACCUGUUUCGUGGGAGUGGUGGCAGGUUAUCCAGUUGGUCCUAGCCAUCAUCGGUAUCCUAGGAAACCUACUGGUGAUGCUCGUCAUCUUUUGGCCAGGACGUCGACGCUGUGCCACCGACAUCUUGAUCGGUGCUCUAGCCGCGGCCGAUUUCUUGGCAUCCAUCUUCUUCAUACCACAUCGUCAAGUCAUCCAACUUCCGGAUACCAUUGCAGGCGAGCUCUACUGUCGGAUUAUUCAAACAUCUGUCUUGGUUAGGAUAUCCAUUAGUGCAUCUAUCUUCACCCUGACAACCAUAUCGAUCGAGAGGUUGAUGGCUGUACGAUUUCCAAUCUGGUUCCAACGUCUCUUCUCUCCAAAGCGCAUUUCAAUCGCAGUCAUUGUCAUCUGGAUCGCAGCCUUUAUAGUCAACAUUCAAAGUCUCUACGCCUACUUCGUAACAGAAGACAGACAGUGCGUACUCUCCUUUCCUUUGGCCUUUCACCGAUUCCUUGAUGUUUGUUUAUUCAUUCUUGAGUAUUCUCUACCUGUCGUCGUCAUGGUGACAUCACAUGCUUGGACUAUCUACAUCCUUCGGCAACGUCAAGCUACAUCACUCCGCCAGGUUAUUAAGGGUCGUGUCCUCCAAACGCUCCUCAUCGUUAUCAUCACUUUCAUCAUCUGCCACACACCCCUUUGGUUUAGCUUACUCGUCUUCAACUUUGGCGAUUUCCAGUUCACCCAUUUCUUCAAUCUUCUCUCCCAAUGUUUUGUCAUCCUUCGCUUUGCGAAUUUCUGUGUGAACCCUUUCAUCUACGCCGCCAGGAUGCCUAAGUUUAGGAAAGCUCUCAAGGAUCUGUUUAUGAGAAACAGCAUCCGAGGAAGUCGUGGAAUCCAUUCACUCUUUGCUGGUGACGGAGAAGGAGGUACGUCCGAUACGAGGGAUACACGAGCCAACGCAACGGAAACAUUCGAGGCGUAAAGACUCUUCCACAGGUGACGCAAUCGAAUAUGGAGAGCCAUCUAAGCCAGACCGCGCAUCAUGACGGGUGCUAUGGAUGGCCGUCCAUUGUAAACUGCGUCAAUUACAAAUGGGGUGACAGAAUAUCUCUGUUUAACAAAGGCCUUUACUCACCAUCUCUUCUUCAUAAAAUACAAAAGUGUAAAGCAUACUAUUUUAUUGGUUAAUUUACCUAUUUAUGUUAAUCAAAAUCAUUAUAAAUGAAGUCGGCAGACUUGUGUUUGGGGAAACAUUAUCUUGUCUGGCUUUUAUGUUUUUCAAAUUUAUCAACGUUAUGUUUGACAAUUUGUGCAUUCUUUGGUAAUUACACAACUCAAUUUUAUGAACAAGUUCCGUGUCAUGUUAGAAUAAAGCGUAACGUUCCCUGAAGAAAAAAAAACAUUUCAUUUGUAUUAGAAUUGAAAUGUUACGUAUAAUCUAUAUCAAUUACCAUUGUAUAUAUUAACUAUGUUUAUUUCACUGCUUUAAGACACUAAAUUAAGUGAAUUUUUCAUUGUAACACUCUUGGAAAUAUUAUUUCAACAUGAUAUCGAGAACGUAAUAAUCAUGAUAAAAAACAUUUAAUUUCCAAAUAUUCACAAACAUUAUAAGGGUCUUAACGAUUUGAAUUGUUUAUUUAUAUGAAGACAUUUUAGAUGACCAGUUCAUGAACAAAACGAUCGAACACUUAUAUCACCUGCGCAAACCCACUUGCACACUCUUAAAAAAAAGAAUCUUUCUUUAUUUUCUUUCCAAUUUUUAUUAAGAUACUUUCUGAACUAAAAUCUUUAUAUGUGACACUCUAUUUUCCUACAUACUCCUAUAACAGCGUCAUGUACACCCCCUCCGCUUCCCGGCGGCUGCUAUCGACUCAAGCAUUCAUGCUCAUGAAAGUUGGCCUCUGCAUUUAUCCUGAUUCCUUGACUGACUUCUUAGUUUCAAGUUUUUAAUUAUAUAUGCAAUAAUGCAUCGUUAUGUGCAUGUAUUUCAGUUGUCACUUUUUAUGUGAAUCAAUUAGAGUAUACACUAAUAUUGUUAUUUGAAUGUU